AGUUGAGUUCCUUUAACUGAACAAGCAACAAUACCCAAGAUGAAGUUCCUGAUCAUCCUUGCCCUGGCCGUGGCCGCCUCCGCUUUCCCCGAGCCGGAGCUGCAGCACCGCAGCCGCGAGAUGCCCGUGGUGGGUAACAUCGAAGGUCGCAUCACCGGAGGAAGCGUCGCCUCCGUCGGCCAGUUCCCCUACCAGGUGGGACUUUCCCUGAGGUUGAGUGCUCUGUCCAGUGCCUGGUGCGGUGGUUCCCUGAUCGGCAACCAAUGGGUGUUGACCGCUGCUCACUGUACCGAUGGUGUUCAGUCCGUGACUGUCUACCUGGGCGCCACCGUGCGUACCUCCGCCGAGGUUACCAGCACCGUCGCCAGCUCCGAUAUCAUCAUCCACUCCGGCUGGAACAGCAAUAACCUGCGCAACGACAUCUCCCUGAUCAAGAUCCCCGCCGUCACCUACUCCACCAAGAUCCAAGCUGCCAAACUGCCAAGCAUCGCCAGCUCCUACUCGACCUACGCCGGCGAGACCGCUGUCGCCUCCGGAUGGGGACGCACCAGCGACUCCUCCAGCAGCGUGGCUACCAACCUUCAGUACGUCGAUUUGACAGUGAUCACCAACUCCGUGUGCGCCAACACCUACGGCACCUCGAUCGUGACCUCCUCCAACAUCUGCGUUGCCACCACCAAUGGCAAGUCCACCUGCAACGGUGACUCCGGCGGUCCUCUGGUCCUCAAGUCCUCCUCCGUCCAGAUCGGUCUUACCUCUUUCGGUGCUGCUGCCGGUUGCGAGAAGGGCUACCCCGCUGCUUUCACCCGUGUGACCAGCUACUUGGACUGGAUCAAGAGUAACACUGGCAUCAGCAACUAAGCACAUCAAAAAAAUUAAUAAAACGAUUAUUGACUAAAA